AAAACUAGAAACUAUGGAUGUUAAAGUUCUUUCCAAGGAAAAAAUCAAACCCUCUACACCAACUCCCCAGCACCUGAGGAACUACAUAAUCUCCUUCAUAGACCAGUUUUGUCCAUCUUCCUACAUCCCGGUCAUUCUCUUUUACAAUAAUGCCAACGUUGUUGAUGACCACUUGAAUAAAGAAAAAACCUUGGCUUCACAUCUCCUUAAGAAAUCUCUUGCAGAAACCCUAAGUUAUUACUUUCCUCUUGCUGGUAGAUUAAAAGACUUAAACUCCGUUGAGUGCAAUGACGAUGGAGUUGUAUAGAUGGAAGCUCAAGCAAACUUCCAUCUCUCUAUGUUUCUUGAAAAUCUUGAAAUUCCGUUCCUUAACAAGUUCCUUCCAUGCAAAGGAAAUUGCCUAGAACAGAGUUGUCAAUCUCUCCUUACUGUACAAACCACCACAUUUGAAUGCGGUGGAAGAGCCAUUGGAGUUUGCAUGCUUCACAAGGUUGUGGAUGCAUCUACGAUGAGUGCUUUCUUGAAAACAUGGGUCAAGCUUACCCAGGGUGAAGGUGAUAAAAUACUAGAUCCAGACUUCACCUCAGAAAUCUCUCUAUUCCCUCCAAUAGAUUCAUUACCAACUAAGUUCAUAAGGAAUUUGGAGAACUUCUAUUUCCAAGGCUCAAAAUCGCCAAUGAGAAGGUUCUUGUUCGACUCCAAAGCCAUAAAAGCACUCAAAGCUAAUACAUCUAGCCAAUAUGUUCCUUUUCCAUCUACGAUUGAAGCAUUGACGGCUUUUCUUUGCAAACGGAUUGCAGCAGCCUCUAAAUUCCUUACGGAUGCACCAAAGACUUUAGCGAUCACACAUGUUGCAAAUUUAAGGCCUCGCGUUGAUCCACCUUUGCCGCAAAACUCUUUUGGAAACCUUCUAUGGAUACCAUUUGCCUUUUAUGACCCUUUAGAUGCUAGCAUGGAGUUGCCUAAUUUGGCAAUAAUGCUAAGGGAGGUGUUUGCCCGAUUAACUGCGGAGAACAUUAAAGAUAUAGACAGCGAGUCUACAAUCACGUUCCUAAACGAGUUGUUUAGUGUGUCAACAAAUGAGAAGAUAAAGAUUUUCAGAUUCACAAGCUGGUGCAACAUGGGAAUAUAUGAUAUUAAUUAUGGUUGGGGAAAGCCUGUUUGGGUUGCUCAUAUGGGGGAUUUGGAUGCUGCUAAUAUUCGAUCCAAACAUCAAUUUGUCUUUUUAGAAAGUGCAUGCAAAGAGGGGAUAAAGUUGUGGAUUGCAUCUGAUGAUGAAGAGAUAAGGGUUGUGGAAAAGGAUCCAGAGUUUCUCACAUAUGCCAAGCCAAAUCCAAGUAUUUGCAUGAACUAAAUAAAUGGCUCAUUUGGAGAAAGGUCCAAAGAAUUUAUCAACUUUCUACAAAUAUGUCCUGGAAGUGAGAGAGAAGUGUUAUGCAUCUUACUAAAUUUGGCUGACAUAAAUGUUCUCUCUCCAUUGUAUGUUUUCUUGCAUUUUUCAUUAUCUAUUAUGUGCUUAAUUUUCCAAUAAUAUACUGCGGUAUUUCAAACA